CUCUAUAGUGUCAAGACUAACAGAAAAAGAACCAAAAGAAACAAAAGAAAAAGGAAAAAGGAAAAAGAGGGAGAGUGAGAUAGGAAUUUAAUAAGAGAUCAUCAUCUUCAUAAAUCUAACAUGGGUCACCAUUCUUGCUGCAAUCAACAGAAGGUUAAGAGAGGUCUUUGGUCGCCUGAGGAAGAUGAAAAGCUCAUUAGGUACAUCACCACCCAUGGUUAUGGCUGUUGGAGUGAAGUCCCAGAGAAAGCUGGGCUUCAAAGAUGUGGCAAGAGCUGUCGUUUGAGAUGGAUUAAUUAUUUGAGGCCUGAUAUUAGAAGAGGAAGGUUUACCCCAGAGGAGGAGAAGUUAAUUAUUAACCUUCAUGGAGUUGUUGGGAACAGAUGGGCUCAUAUAGCAAGUCACUUGCCUGGAAGAACAGACAAUGAGAUAAAGAACUAUUGGAAUUCAUGGAUCAAAAAGAAGAUACGAAAACCUUCAGCACCUCCAACCAGUGUUACUGCAAAAAGUAGCGGUGCCGAUCAUUCACAUACAAAUUUUGGCUCAAACCAAUUAGAUUUAGCACAUCAUGAUUUGAUAACAAGGCCUCAGAUUCAAGAAACCCUAUUUUCAUCUCCUGCUCCCUUAUUUAUGUUUGACACUGGUACUUCUCCACUUGAUGGAAUUGCGGAUAGAAGUGUACGCGGGGAGCUUUUCCACGAACCGGCGAGCUUGAACACGGAACCUUGGAAUUCAAACCAACACCAUCAUCAUCAAGUUCAAGCCCUUCCACCGCAAGCUACUUUUAGUAUUGGAAUGGAUACUAAUUACUUGCCACCAUUGAUUGAGAAUAUGGAGAACAUGCUGCCCAUGGAAAUGCAAUCUUGUAGCAUGGAUGAGGAAGGAGAGAUACCAUUGGGGUGCUUACAGAGGCAAGAACUCAAUGAAUGGGUUGAAUCCCAACAAUGUCCAAACUUUCUGUUUUGGGAUAAUGUUGAUGGACCACUUGGUGGAGAAGAAAUUGCACCAGUUUCAUCAAGUAUGGAAGCCACAAUAUUCUCCUCCUUCCCUUCAUCUCUAUGACUAAAAGAUUUUAUUUAUGAUGGUGUCUCUCUGCCCUAUUGAUCUUUGUCUAUAGAGCUUUCAAAAUGGGUUCAGGCUUUUGAAGACAGUUCGUUAAUUACUUUUUCUUCCCUUUUUUUACAUUAACUUCCCAGUGGUGAGAUUGUGAAAAUGUGAGGAAAUGCAAUUACUUGUAAGUAUAAAGUAUGCAUGCAAGUGUUUUCUUGGUGUUUGGAAACAGAAGGAGAUAGAAUAAAAGGCAAUGCGACAAUCGGCAGAGAGUUUGAUAUGAUAAUCAUGGAAAUGAGUUAACCUUCAGUCCUUUCACCAUAUUUGUUCUUGGCGGUGAAUGGUGUUUAUGGUUUUUGCUUCUUCUUCUUCCCUUUUUUUCAAGCCUUAAUUUUGAAUGAGCCUAAUGGAUUCCCAUGUAUUUCUCUCUGAUCACUUGCUUAGGAAAAAGUGGAAAUACCAAACAAGGAAACGGUGUAAUUUAACACAAAUCAUUUAUGGGAUCAUGGAAUUUUUUGGUUUAUUAA